AUGACUGAUCUUACAACCGUCCACCAGCUACCAUAUGUUGACAUUGCAUCUGUUUUUGAUGUCAAACAAAUAGAAACUUAUAGAUAUAGAGGAAUAAAACCAUUGCAAAAGCAGUCUUCACAACACAGAGGUGUCUUUGGAGGUAAUUUUGUUGCUCAAUCGUUAUUAGUUGCUAUCAGAUCAGCGCCUCACGGUUUUCAACCACAUACCAUACACUCGUAUUUUGUUAGAGCUGGUGACGAUAAAACUCCUAUUGAAUGGGAAGUGGAUGAAAUCACCAAUGGUAGAACAUUUGCUAAUAGGGCGAUACGUGGAUUUCAGAAUGGUAAGGUUGUGUUCACUGCCAACGUUUCGUUGACAAGCAAGAACUCGGUUAAAGAUAUCGUGAAAAAGACAGGUACCACGCCAGUGAUAUUUCAAAAAGAAGUGGAGACGGAAUACCAAGAUCUCAAAAAUAAUAUUUCAAAAUGUCCUUUAUUUGUGGAAAACUCAAAUGCUCAUUUCACGGUGAGAACCUUUCCAAUAAAUCUCUCUAGCGAUAUUUAUGCUUUUUUGCUGAAAUUUGGAGCUGAAAGCAAAGAAACUGUCGUUGGGUUAACCACUGAAUACCAAUAUGUUGCCUUAGCAACAAUAUCUGAUUUUGUAAGGCUUGAAGAAGUUUUCAAAAUCAUGGGUGUCGAGGUAGAUGUUUCCUUUAACGUGUCCUUAGACCAUUCGAUUUAUUUUCAUGAUAAUGAUUUCGAUGCCACCAAGUGGUCUACCUAUUUGGUUGAAGUAACUAGAUGGAGUCAUGAUAGGGUUAUGAUUGUUGGUAAGAUUUAUAACGACAAGGGUAUUCAUGUUGCUAGUAUCUCCCAAGAACGUCUUUUCGUUAUCAAGAACAAACCGAAAUUUUAA